UUUCAUUUCCCCUGCAGGUGACUAGAGAUGGGCCCUGAAAACUGGACUCAGAUAACAGAGUUUGUUCUUCUGGGUUUCCCCAAUAGCAACAUCUUGCAGUUCCUGAUGUUCCUGGGGUUAAUGGUGACCUACAUUAUAACAGCUACAGGCAACCUGCUAAUUAUCAUGCUCAGCUGGACGGACCGACGCCUGCACACACAGAUGUACUUCUUCCUGCGGAAUCUAUCCUUCCUGGAACUAUUGCUGGUAUCUGUUGUGGUUCCCAAGAUGCUUGUCAUCAUCCUCACAGGGGAUCAUACCAUCUCAUUUGCCAGCUGCAUCACGCAGUCCUACCUCUACUUCCUCCUAGGCACCACCGACUUCUUCCUGCUAGCCGUCAUGUCUCUGGAUCGUUACCUGGCCAUCUGCCGACCGCUCCACUAUGAGAUCCUGAUGAGCGGUCCUGUCUGUUCCCAGCUGGUGCUGGCCUCCUGGUUAGCUGAAUUCCUCUGGGUCCUUUGCCCCACCAUCCUCAUGGUCAGCCUGCCUUUCUGUGGCCCGAAUGGUAUUGACCACUUCUUUUGUGACAGUUGGCCCUUGCUGAGACUCUCCUGUGGGGACACUCGCCUGCUGGAGCUGGUGGCUUUCGUGCUCUCCACAUUGGUGUUGUUGGGCUCGCUGGCUCUGACCUCAGUUUCCUAUGUCUGCAUUCUUGCCACUGUUCUGAGGGCCCCCACAGCUGCCGAGCAAAGGAAAGCGUUCUCCACGUGCGCCUCACAUCUCACAGUGGUGGUCAUCGUCUAUGGCAGCUCCAUCUUUCUCUACAUCCGCAUGGCAGAGGCUCACUCCAUGCUGCUCAACAAAGGUGCCUCUGUCCUGAGCUGUAUCGUCACACCCCUCCUGAACCCCUUCAUCUUCACUCUCCGCAAUGACAAGGUGAAGCAAGCGCUGAGAGAUGCCCUGAGAUGGCCCAGGCCCACUGCUGCGAGGCAACUGUGAGGGUCAUGAUGCAAAGGAAAUUUUCCUUUCAAAUGAGAGAUUAAAUGUUUAUUGGAAAAUUUUUAAAUGUGUUAGAAGUUUAAAGGGCUCAGG